CCUGAGAGGCUUUUUCAGGGGUGCUCGUCGGCAAAACCUCCCCAAAGGAACAGCGUUGCUCAGCACCGCUUCGGACAUCAAUAUUCGGCAGAGGCAAGCCAAGCAGAACAUCCACCUAUUUGGCUAUUUCCAUUCGCAUCUUGGGACUCUGGAACUGUUUCUGUAUCAUCAUAAGAAAUGCCAAGGGAGAAGAGCCCCGGCUUGAAAAUCCUGUGGCUCUGGACCCUGGGCACUGCCGCCAUACUCGUCACGAGUGUUGUUCGGAAUAGGCUGCGAGAUAUGGAGAGCCUCAUGAAUGCUCAACAACAAGAACCCAUUCCCUCUGAUACGCUUCUGGUUGACACGGUGCCGGGGUCUGAGGAUGUUGUGCGAGAAGACACAUCAUAGGGUUUUGAGAACACUGUGUGCGGCCUGUUUGUUGAAUGUUCUGAAUGCGACUGCGAAUUUCUGUUCUGGCUUUGUUCAUGAGUUUGGCUUCCUUUCGAAGGAUUUCAUUCCGGUCGUUUGUGUGUUUUUGGUAGUUGUAGAUGGAACUGUGGAUAAAUGAGUAUUUCUUUCUAGGGUUAAGCUGCUUUGCCACAGAUUGGAAACGGAGCCUAAUGGUAGAGUUGGCUUGUGAGGGUGCAUAUUGAAAAUCGAAUUUAAACCCCCAAGUGUUGUGUUAUAAAUCAUCUUAAUUUUGUUUUGUACUUGUUGAAGCUUUACAACUGUAAUUGUUAGUUGGUUCCAACUGUUGAGCCGCUUGGCAGC